AUGGAGGGAGGAGAAUCCCCCUUAGACGUUCUUUCAAGAGCAGCCACGAUGGUGCAGGAAAAUCAAACGCUGUCUUCAUCCGGCAUGGACCCCGAAUUUCUGCAGGAUAUUUGGAGGGCGUCGUUGAUUAUGAGGGCCCAGGAAAAUUUUGAAGUGGAGAAGAAGGACGUAUUUUGGCAGCCGUGGUUGGAUAAAGACGACUCGACGAAACCCUACACGAAACAAACGCCGCGAUGGAAGCGCGAGCGGCGCCCCCGCCCCCCGGACUACCCCCGCAAGUCCUCCCCGGCCGCCCCAUCGCCGUCGUCGCCGCCCCCCGCCGAGGCGCCUCUCGAUAUGAGCGUGAGGCAGCGCGGGCUGCCGCCCUCGUACGCGCAGACCAUCAGCAGCCCCUGCUACCGCGCUGGCUACAGGCCGCCCCUGGUCAAGACAACAAGAGACGAGCUGCCCUCAGGUAUUUCGAUGUGCGACCCGAUAAUCGACGAGCACUUCCGACGAUCUCUCGGCAGCGACUAUCACGCCGUCUUCCAGAACAUCGACCCGCCCAAAGAGAGGGCGCCCUCUCCGCGGCCCAUCUCGCCCCCCAAGAGCCCCGAGUCCCCCCGGAUGCCCCCCGUCAUAGAGCUGAUGGACAGCUCGGGGAUGUCGGUGGACGAACACUUCGCCAAAGCGCUCGGCGACACCUGGACCAAGCUGAACAGGAAGGAUCCGGAGAUCAAGACUGGCGCGAGCGGAAACGGCCUGGUGUCUACAUAAAUGUCGUACGACAUUUUGUGGCUGUCGUUCGAUUAUUGGUUUCCUUGUGA